AGUCGUUCAAAGGAAAUCCGGCGGCGACUGUCAUGUGAGGCUGGACAGGGCCCGCUCCCGCGCCGUGGAUGAGACUCGUUAUGGAGGACCAGUGCCCGCUGCGGCCGUGCCCCGCGACCGCGACCGCCACCGCCUCCGCCUCGGCGGCCACCGACUUCUCGAUCGCCGCCAUCAUGGCGAGGCGCGACCGCCGCCACCAGCAGCGGCAACAGGCCAAGCAGCAGCAGCAUCAGCAGGCGCUGCUGGACGUCUCGCCUGCAGCCGCCGUAGCCGUCGCCGUGGCCGCGCCGGGCUCCAUCUCGCCGCUAGAGAAGCUGGUGGAGACGACGACGACGCCGACGCCAUCGUCGGUGGGCAGCAGCGACGCGGAGGGCCGCGAGACGCCGCCCGAGAUCUCGUCGUCGACGACGGACGGCGGCGUGUGCACGCCCACCGGCAGCGGGGGCGGCGGCGGCGGCGGCGGGGGCGGCAGCGGCGGCAGCAAGAGCUCGUCGCCGCCGCCCACGCGCAACCCGCUGCUGCAGGAGCGCUGCAACAGCGAGGAGCUGCGGCACGUCGUCUGCCACCUCGAGACCAAGGAGCUGUGGGACAAGUUCAAUGAGCUGGGCACCGAGAUGAUCAUCACCAAGUCCGGCAGGCGCAUGUUCCCGACGUGCCGCGUGUCGUUCACGGGCGUGCGCGCCGAGCAGCGGUACGCGGUGCUGAUGGACAUCGUCCCGGUGGACAACAAGCGCUACCGCUACGCCUACCACCGCUCGUCGUGGCUGGUGGCCGGCAAGGCGGACCCGCCCGCGCCCUGCCGCCUCUACAUGCACCCCGACUCGCCCUUCACCGGCGAGCAGCUGCGCAAGCAGGUCGUCUCCUUCGAGAAGGUCAAGCUCACCAACAACGAGAUGGACAAGCACGGACACCUGGUGCUGAACUCGAUGCACAAGUACCAGCCGCGCAUCCACCUGGUGAAGCGCAGCGAAGCCAACGCCUCGACGCCCAUCACCGACCUCGACAGGGAGGAGUUCAAGACCUUCAUCUUCCCAGAGUCCGUCUUCACCGCUGUCACUGCCUACCAGAACCAGCUGAUUACGAAGCUGAAGAUUGACAGCAAUCCUUUUGCCAAAGGCUUCCGGGAUUCGUCGCGACUGACGGAAUUCGAAAGCGUAGGCUGGUGUGGCAGGGAGACGAUGGAGUCGAUGCUGGCGGAGCAGCAGUACCUGCGCGCGCCGCUGCGGCCCUUCUGCGAGCUGGACACGCACAACAACAACCUGACGCUGGAGGAGAAGGCGCUGCUGGCGGCGCGCAGCCAGCUCUUCCUGCGCGCGGCCGCCGCCGCCGCCGCCUCCGCCGCCGCCUCCGGAGGCGCGGGCGCCGCCGCCGCCGUGGGGCCGUACGGCCCACUGGGGCCCGCCGUGUAUGGCGCCGGCCCACUCUGGGGGCAGUGGGCGUGCCUCGGCCCCCAGCUGCUGCACGCGCACCAGCUCGCCGCCGCCGCCGCCUCCGCCUCCGUCUCCUCCGCCGCCGGCCAGCAGCUGCCGGCGCUGCCGCGGCCCCUCUACCCGGGCAUCGCGCAGCAGCACAGGUUCUCGCCGUACCCGCCGCCACUGCCCUCGGCCGCCGCCGCCGCAGCCGCUGCAGCCGCCGCCGCCGCCGCCGCUGCGUCCCGCCCCCAGCGCCAGGCACUGUCGCCCGUCUCCUCUUCGCCCGACAGCCUACAGGACGCUGACCUCCACCCGCCGCCCCCGCACAGCCCCGCCCAGCAGUUGUCCUAGUGUCGGCGAUACCUCUACCACUCGUCAUCCAGCUCUGCGCUUUCCGUGAAGCCGCAGGCCGUUGGCUCGCGUCUGGACGGCCACAGAGGACAUUAAACUUGGCCGUGUCUUCGAGCUCCCAAUCCAUCAUCCCGAAGAACGGACUUCCCGGAAGAGCUGUUCUUCUCCGACUGCAACCUGGGGCGCUAUGAUCUUACUGCUAUUGUGACUCAGCUGUACACCGGUGCGCAGUGUCCGAAGAUACUUCUCAGGAUCACAAUAACGAUGUGUUGCAAUGCAUAUGAAUGGAGCAGUACAAAUCUAGGCAUUUGAUUUCUGUGCCUCCCUCGAACAAAAGUUCUCCGAUUGUGAGACGUUAGUUCUUCACUAAACUAGAAAACGUUUCUUCACGACUGACUGUCUUAUUGAUAACUACUUUGAAGUGGUUAAUAUGACGCGGAAAAUUCAUGUUUGCAACAUUCCCUCUGAAAGCCCCUCAGCCUGGAAUGCACUCAAGGAUCACUUGAAAUUAUUUUCAGUUUCAUUUGUAAUUAGCGACAUUCUCAGAAGAGUGAAGCAACUGGUACAAGAAUCGAGAAACAACGUCAAACAAAUGAAGUGCUGUAUUGGAGAAGUUGUACAGGGACUCCUGUAGCCAAGUUAUUCCUCCUGUUCUCUGAGAAAUAAAAGUGACAGUAAAGAGGUAUCGAUAAUACCGAAGAAGUUCUGUGAGGCCGAAAGUGCAGUUAACACAUUAUAUCGAGUAAACUGUGAACCUUGUGACUGUUCACUUAAAUCCAUAUUUACGAGCGUGAUCCGAUAAUUUCGGCGUAUUAAAACAAAAAUAUAAAUAAAAUAAAAUUUAUGCAAGACAGUGCAUAGUGCAAGUGACUACAAAACCGUUUGUGGAUUACUUAGUUUUUAGUUACCACUUGUACAAAAAUAUGUGGCGAUACUACCUAUUGUUUCAUGUGGAGUGCAAUAUUUGAAGUAGAAAAACUCUAUAAAGUGUACUGGACCCCAGUGACAUGUGUAUUUCGAAUUAUUUAUUUCAAUAUAUUGUUUUACAGACGAAGUUAGAAACACGAACAUUUAAACGUCACCUUUCUGGAAACAAAAUUAAACGAGCCUGAAGCAAGACAUAGUAAUCGCUGUGCUCGUCAGUACUUUCCAGUAAGGCGAUGAAGAAAAAAACGUGUUGCGUCGCAGUAUAAGCAAAGUGUGAUGAUUCCUGUGCACAAAAUUUUAAGAAAUUGAACAAGUUCCAAAUCUGGAAAAUAAUUUUACGAUAGGAAAGUAAACAAGGUAAUAGAUUUAUACUACUUUCUUCCAAGAACAUUGUUGAUUACCCAGAGCAAAUACGGAGGCAGUAAAACAAAUUAUUUAUUUUGUGAGAGUAAUAUUGUUAUGUAUUAAUCGAUCAGAACACUCACUUGUCCUAACAGACGCUGUGUGCAUGUAAAGGAAGUGAAAUGGAAACUAUUCAGAUAUAUAUCAAUGAGAUAGAAUUCCACAAGAAUUACUAUUUGUACCGUAAAAUUUAAGAUUUUAUAAAAUAGUUCCUAGGCUGUUAUUGUAGAAAUUAUAUCUGUGCCAAUAGCUUAAAAUUUUUGAAAGAAACCUUCUACGCCAAAGAUGCGCUUCAGGACCAUUGUUCGGUUGGUUAAGGUUGUUCUCCGUUCGUUCCCUUUCCAGAACGGUAUGACGGGAAUCAUUCCAGCAGAUUUUAGAUAAAUGUGAUGAGAGCUUGACUCUUAACUUUCACAUCUCUAGACUAACAUACACGAAUCAGAUCUGUCGGAAACAUGUGUAUGGAGCAGGCACUCGGAAAAAAAUAAGAUAGUAGGAGACAUUCACUUCUUGAUAUGAAAUGUAAUACGCAAGGUACAGUUAAGACUAUGGAGGCAGUAUUUGCACCACUGUAUCAGAAGGAUGCUAAACAGACAUCACAAACCAUUAUCGUCUUUGUAUACAACAUGCCCCAACGGGAGUAUAACAUACGAUACAAAUGUAAAACCCUAAAUUGACUGAGUGUAUGUAUCAUGAGUUUAUGGCACUCUCUACAGCGUUAAAUUUUAUUAAGCCCCCCUCCCCGUCUUUGGAACAAGAGCUUUUCCUUUUAAUCUCCUUGAGAUGUAAGGCUGGUAUAGUAAAGAAAUUUCUUUAAACACAUGUUCAUAAUCGUACAGAGUGUAUUUGUUACGCUUCCUAGCGAACACAUUUGAUGAUUAUGCACGAACAACAUAAGCGUACUGUAUCAGUCAUACUUUAAUUCAUCCACUAAGUGUUUAAACGAUCAUGCCGCAAUAGCGAGGAAUAUUAUUAAGUGUUUUACAUUAGAAUUUGUCUUUUGUGUGAUUUAUAUAUAGUUUGUUUCUGGGACCCAAAUACGUCUUUUUUUGGAGUAUCGGUAUUGUAACCAAAAAUGAAUUGCUAACUCUAGCAAUAAAUCCAGAACUAAAUUCUAAACACGAUAAAUUCUAGCUGAUGUUGGUGAUAGGACCAUCCAAACUAGUAGAGAAUGUAAUGGAUUUUAACUGAUGCAGAACUUCUUUUUAUUUGGGUUUUAUGAAUCAGUUGGAACCCUCACAAAACUUUUCCUUAAUAGUCGGAGUGACACAUGUGAUAUGCGGCUGGAAUGUUUCCCACCAUACUGCUUCACUAUUAGGAGCCUCCUACGUAUCUUGGAUUAUAGUUUAUCCGUCGCUGAAGUUACAGGAUAACAUCACACACAAACACACACAUACACACACACACACACACACACACACACACACACACACACACACACACUAACACUUAUUGCACGUCGUGCUGCAGUACCUUAUAUGUAAAUCACUGUUGAUAUCUAUUUAUAUGUAAGCUCUGUGAAACAUAUCUUGCAUUGGUAACGAAUAAAAUGCAUUAGAAAUGUGAAGAACCCCUCUGCAGCGCUGACGGAUUCUUUAUUGAGUUUCUGUGAUUGUAUUUUAUGUAAAUACUGAGAUGCAAAUACAAAAUGGUCUUUAUUCUGUCA